CGCUGCCGUCCCACGAGGCACGUUGUAAACAGUGUUGAGAACGAAUACGAUGUCAGCGAACAGUUGUGUGACAUCUAUCCGGCUUGACUCCGUCAAACAAGCGGAUAAACCGCAGAUCUACUUGUUACCUUGUGAAAUAGAGCAUAACGGGCCUGCCGAAGUCUCAAAUUUCUUUACUUCCACUGUGAAGCAGCGCAAACAGGAAAUGUCAGUGUCAUUCAGAGGCCGUGGACUGAAGGGUCAAGAAUUGAAAUGCCCACAAGGAUACACUGGACUGGUGCUAAAAGAGGUUCAGAGGCCUGCAUCUGAUCAAGAGGACAGAAUAGUAAAAGUUUCGUCAGUGUUCCAUAAUUUCACAUACUGGAAUUUAGAGACGCCCCCAACAUCUGAUGAUGGAGUUGUGACAGCAAUGGAAUGGCCCCGGCUAGCAGAAUCUAUACAUGGACCUGUGGAUGACUGAUCAUUGUUGUAUUAUGAAGAUGACUACCUGCCUCAUCUCAAGAAUACUGUUGAAGCUAGACAAAGUUGAAAAUCCAUCUUUAGAUGACAGAACUAACUAACUUGGUUGUUGUAGUUGACCACCAUUUUUAUUGAACAGAUGGCAGAAGAAUUAUUUAAUAUUGAUAACUAUUAA